CUCUUCUUCCACCCUUACCGACUGGCCCGAUCUCUGAGGUUGAGCCUACUCCACAUCAACAGGAUGACACUUUUCAACUACCCUGUUCCAGAGUUGGAUGUUACCUUGCAGGAAGUGAGUCGUGUCUUGCAGCUCACUUUAAGAGCUGACCUUUACCCAGAGUUCAAAAAUACCCUGGAACAGCAGAGGGCGCUCCUUCAAGAGGCCCAGGAAAAACUUGCAACAAGAGCUUUAGGCAAAGAAAACUGGGUGACGGAGCAAUUCAAGAGAAGUCUGCUGUCUUGUUACGACCCCCUACCCACCUCUACUGCCCUUCCUGUUGUUCUUCUUCCUACCAAAGCAAAGGGAUGUACCCAGCUAGGGAGGGCAGCUGCUCUCCUCUGGGCUGCGGCAAAGCUGUACAGCGAGCCUAUGUUGCUGGAGGGCAAUGUGCCAAUGGAGAACACACAACAGUCCGAGGUUUUCGCUGCCAGCCGGAUUCCUGGCAGAAGUCAAGAUGAGAUCAAGGUCUACCCAGAUAGCCUUCAUGCCAUUGUCACCUGUUAUGGAGGAGUGUUCCCUGUCGACAUACUGGGGCGUCCCAGCACUGGUGGGCCAGUUUCUGCUCGACCGUUUGUUGACAUCUACAACCAGCUGGCUCAGGUGAUGGAUCAACCCAGAGCAGGAAAACAGAAUGAUCCAUCUGCCAUUUGUAGCCUCUCGGCUCUGGACCGCAAAGUCUGGGCUGCCACCAGGGAAGAGAUCUUGGGGCAAGGAGGGGAGACAGCGGCAUCCCUGAGUCUGAUGGAGAGCGCUGUGCUGACCCUCUGUCUGGAGGAUUGCAACCCUCCCUCUGAACUGGCUGAUACUCUUAAUGCAGUGGUGAACCUGGUGGUGUUCGAGGACAGCACAGCUGGGAUGGUGUUUGAGCACAGUGCUGUCGAUGGGAUGGUGGCCGGUCUUGUGACGGAGCAUGUGUACAACCUGUCUGAAACUGUGGACCUAAACCUUGUCCACACUGAAGCAGUCAAUGGGAGCCUCAUCAGAAACACCAAAAGUGGUCAUGGAGUUGGACCCCACCUAGCUGCACUGCGUCGAUCGUUGCCAUCUGACAAUCCUCUGAAAAAGUACCUGGACCCCUUUGGAUGUCCAUCUGUUUACCUCACAGGUACAGAUAUGAUGGAGGGCGUGGAGUGUGGAGUAGGGAAUGUUUAUGCCCAAGAUCAGCUGGCUGUAACCUACCUUGGAAAAAAAGACAAGGUUCGCAUUGUGCUUAAUGGAAAAGGGAGCUUUGCUCUAACACUGGAGAAACUUCAAGCAAGUCUGAAGACAAACCUGAAGUUAGUGAUGCUCCUUGCUGUUAGAUAUGCCAUUGCAUGCCAAAUGGGAGCCAUUGAGCGUCCAUUGAAUCAGGGUCAGCCUGAGAAAAUGAAUGGAGAGACCAAACACUACCAAGAGAGCCCAAACAAUGGCAACGCCACUGUUGUAAACACCUCUGGCACUGUCACAGACUACACUCUGGUAAUCCAUGGUGGGGCUGGAGAGGAGAUGAUGCUUAACACCGAAGUGAUUGGCGUAGUUGAGUUUGCUCUACAGACAGCCUUAACCCUCGGAUCUCAAGUGCUUCAACAAGGUGGCAGCAGUCUAGAUGCAGUUCAGAAGUCAGUAGAAGCUCUAGAGGACUGCUUCCUGUUCAAUGCAGGUAAAGGCUCAGUAUUCAACCAAGAUGGCAAAAAUGAAAUGGAAGCAACCAUUGUGGAUGGCAAUGCAAUGAGGUCAGGAUCUGUUGCUUGUGUGCAAAAUGUAAAGAACCCAAUAAAAGCCGCCAGGUGUGUCAUGGAGAAAAGCUCCCAUUCACUCAUUGUGGGAGAUGGGGCUGAGGAGUUUCUGCAGGGGUUGGAGGAGAAGAAGAAUCCUGUUGGGCCUGAGUAUUUCUACACAGAUAUACGUCACAAACAGUUGACUGCAAAGCUCGCUGCAGGAAAUACCUCAAAAAAUAAUCACCCGCAGACAGUUGGAGCUGUGGCCUUGGAUCGUUGGAAAGGGUUGGCUGCUGCAUCAUCAACAGGUGGGGUAGUAGGUAAGCUGAAAGGGCGAGUUGGGGAUACAGCAAUAGUAGGAGCAGGAAUAUAUGCUGAUGACAAGUUAGCCAUUGCCUGCUCUGGAGAUGGAGAUGUGUUUCUGAGGCACACAAUUGCCCAGAAAAUAGCAAGUCUCUACCACCACACAGGCUAUAGUUUGAGGCAGGCUUGUAGGGAAGUGAUGGCUGAAAAUCUCAAUGGGAUCUGUGCAGGAAUCAUAGCUCUGGAUUCUAAAGGUGAUGUCAUCAUUGAAACGAAUGCUGAUGUCAUGUUCGUGGCCUCAAUGGUGGAUGGCAUUUCACGAGUGGAAGUCCUCAGGCCCCUCAAGAGCUUCUCUGAUGUGAUCUGGGAAACUGAUGAGCUGGUCGCUUACCUGGAUCCCAAACCCUGGACCCCUGGGUCAACCAUUCUGAAGAGAAAAACUCUCAGUGGAGCAAGCAGCAUCUUUCAGUUAGCUACACCUGAUGUUUUGACUAUCCUACAAGGAGCAAAGGCUGUGUCAAGCUUGCUAUGCGAGAGACUGGGAGUGCAGCGCUGUGCCCUGGUUUUCAAUCCAAUCCCAAACCAGCCAGCACAAAUCCGACUGCUCCCGCUUCAUGGUCUAGAGCCAAAGUGGCAGCCCCAUCUGGCAAGUGAAGAGGAAUUCCACACAUAUGACCCUGGUUACUGCACUUCCAAAAGUGGCCCCCGCUGGGAUGACGAGGCACUGGACCAGGUUCAAGCCAAGAUUAGAAGAGGACUGCCAACACCAAAUGCACCUUCCUGCUUUGACUUUUUUGGAGAUGCUUCCAAUGAUAACCUGUUCAGUUGUAUUGUACGUGGAGAGCAGCAACAGUGGAGAGUGUGGGAAGACAAUGAGCAUGUUGCCUUCCUGACACCUUACCCAAACACUGCUGGACUAACCAUUGUGGUGCCUCGCAAACCACUGUCCAGUGACAUCUUCAAACUGGAGGAAGCUGACUACAAAGCGUUGAUCGUAGCCACCUGUAAAGUUGCCAAACUGCUGGAAGAGGGGAUGGAGCUCAAGGUGUUGCACUGAUCUUU